AUGAUUCUCCGGACUCCACCACAGCGGAAGCGCCGCGCGAGCUCUAGCGCCGGCGACGACGCCGACCUCGCUCUUGUCAAAUCCGUGGGCGGCGCGAGCGCGACCGGCCGUACACCGGUCUCCGAUCGCCGCCUGGUUCUCUACGACCGCCCCACCGCCCUCGUGCCUGCCGACGCCCCCGGGGAGCCGUUCGACGACAUGGUCUGCACGUACCACUGCCGCCAGAUGGUGAAAUCAGAGUUCAUGGUGGCACUGGACACUGCAGAGAAGCAAGUUCAGGAGUAUCAAACAAAACUUGUUGCAUUGGAGGAGCCAUUAUCUAAGAGUGAGGAUGCAAGGAUGCAGUUCCUGGAUAAACUUAACUAUGUGGAGCAAGAAUUAGCAGCAACCAAAGGGCGGGAGAGUGCAUUACAGGAACGGCUACUAAAGGAGUUGAGUGAAUAUCAGGAGCGGUAUUGUGGUCAAGUAAUGAAAAUAAAUGAACUUGAGGUACAACUCAAUAAAGAGAUUGAUUCUAGGAUCAGUGCAGAAUCAUCAGUAUCAUCCGCGAAGGAAUUGAUCAAAGACUUGGAAGGGAAUUUGCAUCGAUUAUCUGAAAGUUCAGAAAGGGAGAAGAAAACCCUUAAGAAGGAACUUUCAUAUGUGAAAGAAGACCUAUCCUUAUCUGCUUCCAAAAAUAAUGCUGAGCUUGAGAAAACAAGACUCAGAGCAGAAAACUAUGAGAGUGAGGCAAAGUUGUUGAACGAGCAGUUGACCAACUUGAAAAAGCAACUCGACGAGUGUCUCCAUGAGAAGAAUGAAAUGGAGCUCAAGCUAUUGAACUCUAGUGCUUUGCUUAAUCAACAUGCCUCAACGGAUGACCAGAAGUUGAUCAAGCUCUUGCAAGAGGAGCUCCGGAAUUAUGAAAAAGAAGUGCAUGAAGCUAAAAGGUUGAAGUCUUCCCACACGAAUGUUGAGUUGCUGAAAGAAAAGCUAUUGGAGGAGCAGGGGCGCAGGGAAAGAGCAGAGCUUGAAUUAUCAAAACUGCAGGAAAUUGAUGCCAAAGCACAUAAGCUGGAGCUUGAAUUAGCAUCUUGUACAGCACUGCUCAGCAACAUACCAGAUGUGUCUUCUUAUGCUGACAUACCUCAAAAGAUCGCAGAUCUGCAAAAGCAAGCAUUGACAAAUUUGAACAAAGUUGGUGAGGUAACAUCAAGAUUGAAAGAAUUAGAGGUUGCAUUAGAAUUUGCUGAUCUCAGCAAGCAACGUGCAGAAGGUGAAGCCACCCUUGCUAAAGUGAGGGCUGAAAGUGCUACUAAGGAGGUCAAGCGGCUUGAGCUUAUGCUUGCUGCAAUCAGUGAAGAAAGAGAUAAGCUGAGAAAGGAACAUCCUACGGAGUCGGAUCAGUCUGGGAUGGAAAAAGCGAUAAGAGAGCUGGAGAGCAUUAUACACGAGCUGAAAGAACUGAUUAGUCACAAGGACACUGAACUCAAUAUAAUGAACGAAAGAUUAAGCCUUGAAACAAGGAAAGUGAAGUCCUUGGAGCGAGAGGGAGAUCAGCUACGCUCUCAGGUGGCCUUACUAGAGUCCAAGUUAGGUCAUGGAGAUUACUCUGCCUCAAGCACAAAAGUACUGCGCAUGGUAAAUACUCUUGGAGUCGACAAUGAAGCCAAGCAGACAAUAGAAGCACUACAAGCUGAACUAAAGAAAACAAAAGAGAGGCUGCAGGCAGUUGAGGAACUGAAAGGACAAGCUGAUGCUGGAACUGUGGUAGACGCUAAUAUUGCUGAAAAGUUGGCACAACUUAAGAAUCAAAUUGCGACACUUGAAAAACGUGAAGAAAGAUACAAGGCGGUGUUUGCGGAGAGGAUCUCGGUCUUCCGGAAAGCCUGCUGCUCCCUUUUCGGUUACAAGAUAGUGAUGAAUGAUCAGCAACAGUCAAAUGGGAUCCCUGUAACACGCUUUAUUCUGCAGUCAGUUUAUGCCCAAAGCGAUGAUGAAAAGCUUGAGUUUGACUAUGAAUCAGGAAGCACUAAUAUCGUGGUCAACGACUACACGUCCCAACACGAAAUUGCUCAGCAGGCACUGACGGAGCGGCAGCCGCAGCUGGAGAAGAAGCAGCCGCGGGGGAGGGCGCCGCUGUCGGGGAAGGCCGUCGCGGCGCUGUGCGUGACGAGCUUCGUUGUGGGGCUGCUGCUCAGCGGCAAUGUGUCGCUGAUGUCGGCGUCGGCGUCCUCGAGAAGGGACAGUGCCGAGAACGAGAAGAGCGUUCGUGUUUCCGGCUGUGACAGCAAGCGUAAACUUGGAGAGAACCACCCCAAGGAUCUCCUGAACGAGGUGUCGAGGACUCAUCAAGCAAUCCAGUCGCUGGACAAGGCGGUGUCCACCCUGGAGAUGGAGAUGGCCGUGGAGCGCGCGAGGAGCGGCAGCGGCGGUGCCGUGGCAUCCAGCAGCAGGACUCCCCAGAAGGCCUUCAUCGUGGUGGGCAUCAACACGGCCUUCACCAGCAAGAAGCGCCGCGACUCGCUCCGUGACACCUGGGUCCCCAGAGGGGAUAAGCUGAGGAAGCUGGAGCAGGAGAAGGGGAUCGUGAUCCGGUUCGUGAUCGGGCACAGCGGCACGCCGGGCGGCGGCGCGCUGGACCGCGCCCUGGACGCGGAGGAGGCCGAGACCAGGGACUUCCUGCGGCUGGACCACGCCGAGGGCUACCACGAGCUGUCGUCCAAGACCAGGACCUACUUCACCACCGCCGUCGCCACCUGGGACGCCGACUUCUACGUCAAGGUCGACGACGACAUCCACCUCAACCUCGGGAUGCUGUCGAGCAGGCUGGCGAAACACAGGACGCGGCCGAGGGUGUACGUCGGCUGCAUGAAGUCCGGGCCUGUCCUGUCACAGAAAGGAGUGAAGUACCACGAGCCAGAGUACUGGAAGUUCGGUGACGAGGGCAACAAGUACUUCCGCCACGCCACCGGCCAAAUCUACGCCAUCUCCAAGGAUCUCGCCGCCUACAUCUCCAUCAACCAGCCGAUCCUGCACAGGUUCGCGAACGAGGACGUCUCCCUGGGCGCGUGGUUGAUCGGGCUCGAGGUCGAGCACGUCGACGACCGGAGCAUGUGCUGCGCGACGCCUCCAGACUGCGAGUGGAAGAAGCGAGCCGGGAACGUGUGCGUGGCGUCCUUCGACUGGUCGUGCAGCGGCGUCUGCAAGUCGGUGGACCGGAUGCGGCACAUUCACAAGGCCUGCGGCGAAGGCGAAGGGGCCGUCUGGAACGCCGCCACAUGA